AUGACACCAGCAGAGGACUUUUUCGUCACAACGAGUAAGAGAACAUAUGCUUGCUCAGGUGUCCGAGUGCAGCAGUCUCAGCCACUUUUUAAAAACUGCGACAGGUGA